AUGGCCACUCCGCCAACACAUGAAGAUCUACGCAAAGUGGAUCUUAGACUUUUACAGGAACAACAAACCGAUGAAAGCGAAGAGGAAUCCGAAGAAGAUACCGAGAUGAAAUCCGAGGAUAUGGAAAGCGAGGCAGAUAGACAAAACCAGAUAGAGGAAGCUCUCCGACGGGCAAAAGAGACGCAACUAAGAGGUGAACAGCUUCGUCAAGAUAUUGAAAAAGCACAGGCAGAGAGAUUAAUGAAAGACUUGAGAUGGACAAAAGACCAGAGCGACGUUGUUGUCAAACGUCUUAGGCAGACCAGAGAUCAGGGCAUUGUAUUGGAACUAGGAGGAGGUAGACAGAUGACGGAAACGGUGAAGGACAUCGUCUCAGCUAGGCAUAGCACGGUCACAAGAGCAGUGGCGAAAGGUGGCACAGUCAGGCGGGAGCUCUUUGUAAAUGGAGCAGAUGGUCUAACCAAAGAAACUGACCAUGUCAGCGCAAUUGAGACCUUUGCGGGACGGAACGGAACGUGUCAAGUCAGGGGACCCCUUCGUAAGGCAUAUGGCGGAGACGUCAACGCCACAGUUGAGGUCGAUGAAGACAUUGCAGCGCGCUUUAUACGGAUAGGCUUUAUUAGGGUGGGAUAUAUAUCCUGCACAAUUAAGGAGAAAAUCCGUAUCGCCCGGUGCUACAAGUGCAUGGAGUACGGACACCGCAGGUCUGAGUGUAAAAAUGAGAUCUUGAAGGGAUGCAUCCGGUGUGGAGCAGAGGGACACAUUGUGAACGAUUGCCCAGAAGAAGGGCACAAAUGUAAUAAUUGCAAAGUCACGGGACAUCGGGGCAACUCAAUGGAAUGUCCGAAAUUCCGACAUCUGGUUAACACGGCCAGGGAGGAAACGGAAAGGAGAAUGCAGUCUUAG